AUGGAGACUUCAAUGUGCGGUCUUGGCUGCUUGUCACCGGUAUUCCACGACGCCGGCGACUUUGACUCAAUAUGCGAUUCUUUUUACCGCAAUGGUGUUGCCUUCUGCAAAGGUUGUGAUGAGUCCUCGCUUCUGAAUAUCGCCAAGAAUAUGGGUAGCCCUGUUGCGCCUCGAAAUGCAUCUGGCCGUGGGGUCAUAAGCCGUAUCAGGUGCGAACCAGCCCUGAACGGUAAGACCUAUAGUAGCAAAGGAUACAGCUCAGAAGAACUCUUCUUCCACACAGAUAGAAGUGGCUGGGAGCUGCCACCUCGUAUUCUGAUGACAGCAUUGUCCAUCAAAGCUCUAAAGGGGGGCGAAUCACUCUUAGUAGAUGGACACCGGUUCCUCUCUCAUCUCAGAUCUGAAGAGCCAGACCUGUACGACCUUGUGGUCUCCCCGCAGCAUAGCAGUUUUCGUCAAGAAAACGGCUCAUUUCAAGGCCGUCCAAUUUUUGAUGAGGCAAAAGGAAUUCUCCGAUUCCGCCUAGAUAAUUCGGUCCAGCUCUCGGGCGUCCUUGCAGAAAAGUGGGACAAACUGAAAGCUGCAGUCUAUAAGCACGCAUACUACGUUGAUUUUCAGCCAGGGGAUGGAUACAUCGUCGAUAAUCAUCGCUACCUACACGGGAGAACUUCAUUCACUGGCUCACGGAAAUUCAUUCUCUUUGACGUGGAUGGAACAAUCUGCUGCGCCGAAGACCUGAGUGUUGAUGCAUUUUAUCGUUGCAUAAGCGAUGUAACUGGAAAGGAGAUUCGCCUUCACAACACGCAUGUAAAUCUUCACGGCCAAACCGACAUGGCGUUAGUAAGAGAAGUCUUUCGCUACCACGGAAUUGAUGCUUCUCGGAUAGGGGGUCUCAUGAAAACAAUGACGGAUGUGUGGCCAAAGUACCUACAGCAAUCGCUUGACGCCGGUCUAGCAUGUUCCCAGUGCAGUCAAAUUGCUUCAGCCUUGGACUGGCUGAUGGAGCAGAAGCAGGACGGUAGAUAUCGCAUCAAUAUCGGACUCUUGACCGGGAAUGCGCAAGCAAACACGGAGCUGAAGAUUCAAAGCUGUGGGUUAUCCACUAAAAUGUUCGAUCAGGGGAUAUCAUCCUUCGGAGAUACGUGUCCAUCUCGGUUAAUGCUCUACCAAAACGCUGUAGGGAAAAUGGAAGGCCGCCACUCAACACCAAUACCACCAAAACAGAUCUUGCUGAUUGGAGACACCCCGAUCGACAUCAAUUGUGCCAAGAAAGUGGGCUGCAAGAUACUAGCCGUCGCUACUGGAAAUUAUGACAUUGACGAGCUCCGCAAACAUUGCCCAGACUUUGUCUGUGACAACCUUGCGGAUGCAUUCGACUUUUUGGAAAGGUUCAUGCAAAAUUAA